AUGGCAAAAAUUUGUAGCACCUCAAAUCACAUGUCACAAGGACUUCAGUCCCCCACACCUUCAACCCCAGGGGCACAACAAUUCUUCCCUGACACAGUCCAAACAUCACUGAGUCAGUUGUCUCCACAUCUUCAACAACCAUCUCAGCCACAACAGCAGCCACAGCAACCUCAGCAACAGCUACAACCACAGCAGCAGCCGUUAGACCAGCAGCAACAAUUGCAACAGCAACAGCCGCAGACACAGCAGCAAAAUGGGUUUGGUGUAUUGGGUAGUGGGACAGGUACCUUACCCUCUCAGUUUGGCCAACCGGCUGCAUCACCUCAGCAAGUGCCACAGCAUUCUGUCACACCUCACUCAAUGUCCUCGCAGCCCAACUGGAGUGGGCAAAAACACACUGUCUUAUACCCCCAGCAUGGUUAACGAUCGGCAGAAUCCUACCUACUGGGACCAGCAACAAAUGGUACAGGACAUACCACUCUCUACACAACCUGUACCUGAUUUUUGGUGUUCCAUUGCGUACUUUGAACUCGACACACAGGUGAGACUGUGGAAAUUCAAUUAAU